CAACAACAGUCCGGCGUCAAACAAACACAACGAUUAACUGAGUUGCCCGCUAUUGAAAAAAGAUUCCCCCUUACAAUUUGCAAGAUUUACCUUUUUUAGUAUCUAGUACGUGAAACUGUGGCGUUGAACCCUUAAGAUGAGAGUUAUGAACAUUAAUAUUGGUAGUACACCAAAAUUAUUUAAAUCAGUGAGAUAUUCUCUGGCCGCCGUUAAUUCUAUAUUUUUGAUAAAGGGAAUUAUACUGCCUAUACUUGGAGUAACGUUUUUGGUAAAACAUAAUGUUUACGACCAACUAAUUACCAAUAGAUUUAUUAAUUUACCUGCUUUUACUAUAGCAACAGGAGUUCUGAUUUUAGCCAUCGCCGUUUUGGGUUACUAUGGAGCUUUUUCCGAAAAAUUUUACGUCGUUGCUGGUUACGCAGCUCUCAUGGUAGUAAUAUUUGUUUUUGAGAUGACGAUAACAAUAAUAGCAUUUGACCUUCGCAAUAGUUCAGCGACAGCAAUAAGAACACCAAUGGUGGAAAGUAUGAAUUUAUAUGAAGCAAGAAGGGAUAUUGCCAGGCUAUGGGACGAUUUGCAAAUGAGCUUUGAGUGCUGCGGGGUGUCUGGUCGCCACGACUGGUCCAAUCGUAUACCAAUCAGCUGUUGUCACAUCGACUACGGAACUAUAUCACCGUUUCAGUGCAAUAUUAGUAACUCUUACCCAACUGGCUGCGCGUCUGCCCUCGGCGGUUGGUUCAGCAAAAAUUCGCAUGUUAUAGGCACUUUUGCUGCUGUAUUUACUUCGAUACAGGCUUUGUUGACAGCAAUGUCCGGGUGGCUAGCGUGGAGGGCCAAAUUCGAGGAAGUUGAGUUGGAGUCGUAAAUCUAAGCCCAAACUAUAUAACACAUAAAAUGUUUAGAUAGGUGACGUGUUAAAACUCUAAUAAUGACAAUCCUGUCACAAAUAUAUUUCAUAAUCAUAAGAGUUGAAUAUCAUAAGAAUGUUUGUAAUAAUUAGGUAACAAUUACUGAUGUCACAAACUAGGAAUUACAUGGAACGAAAACUUAAGAUUGGUUUUAUGAUUGUAGAUCAAAAAGAUGUAAUCUGUAAUAACCUUACUCUUUGUUUACGUCAUUGUGUAUCGUAGAUUAUAGAGUCAGGUAUAUCACAUCUAAAAUACGUCACUCUAUAAUACCUAUAUAGAUAAUAAAGAUUUUAUAAAAACAA